AUGUACUAUUUAUUGGAACCUACUUUGUCUAUUGUCAUUUCUGGACUGGUGAAUUGCCGCGAUGAGGUUCUUGUAAUGGUCACAAGUUCAGGCAUCGAUAGCCCUGAUCCUGUUUACUUCUGUUGUAUUGAGCCACCAACAACGAAAUCUAAUCUUGAGUUCGAGAGAGCUUUGAAUGAAAUAGCUGUAGAGGAUCCCUCUUUGAGAGUCCGAUUUGACCAUGAAACUGGACAGACAAUUGUGGAAACUAUGGGAGAGCUUCACUUAGAUAUUGUAAAAAAUCGUUUGGUACGAGAUUAUGGUCUGAACGUAUUUGUAGGACCUUUGCAGGUGAGCCAUCCCAUUUUUUUAGCUAAGUGACU